AUGGGGAAGACACGUGGUAUGGGAGCAGCUCGCAAGCUGAAGGACCACCGUAGAAGGCAAAGGUGGGCUGACAAGUCUUACAAGAAAUCGCAUCUUGGAAAUGAGUGGAAGAAACCAUUUGCUGGAUCUUCCCACGCAAAAGGCAUUGUUCUUGAGAAAAUUGGUAUUGAAGCCAAGCAGCCUAACUCUGCCAUUAGAAAGUGUGCUCGAGUUCAGCUUAUUAAAAAUGGAAAGAAGAUUGCUGCCUUUGUGCCAAAUGAUGGUUGCUUGAACUACAUUGAAGAGAAUGAUGAGGUUCUCAUUGCUGGAUUUGGUCGUAAGGGACAUGCUGUUGGUGAUAUUCCCGGAGUUAGGUUCAAAGUUGUGAAGGUCUCAGGCGUGUCACUUUUGGCCCUCUUCAAGGAGAAGAAGGAGAAGCCAAGAUCUUGA